UCAACAUGUCGGCGACCUGUACGUCAAGCUAUCCUACAAGUUUCUUGUUUGUCAAUUAGGAACGAUUCAGAAAUGGCAAUGGAACAAACCUGUUCCUUUCUUCUAUGUAUUAUCUGCAUAUCAGAGUAUUUUCUGCCUAUUUGUGGAACACUUGUGUUACAUGAGUCUUCAAAUAUUCUCGAGUAUCGCAACGCCUCCAUGGGACAUACUGUAAAUGGAGUUGUCUCCCAGCACAGGGAACAAGUCUGGCUCUACUCCUGGAUUAACAAGACUGAGCCUUAUGCAGUUCGAGUGACAGUGGAAAGUCAAUCAGCUAAUCAGGAUUAUCCGUUGCUGUUUGUUGCACGGCUGCAGAGAGGAGUGGUUUCAUGGCCAAUACCAGUUGAGGGGUUUAAUUACAAUCUUGUCAGUCGAACACUUUGCCCCUUCAGUCAUGGUAUCACACAAUUAAAUAGAUCAGAAGCAAUUUCCAUUGAUGUAUCAACAUCAUCACAGAAGCCAGUCAAUUACUCUCUCAAAGCAAUGUUUGCUGACAAAUUUCAGUUAUCGAUGAAUACACCAUUAACAGUUACAGUGGACCCUGCGCAACCUGUGUAUUUCUUAUGGAGGUAUCCAAAAGAAGUGGAUACAGUUGUUAUUAAGGCUGAAUCCAAGGAUUAUAAACUGUGUGCCAUUCUAUCAGUCCAGGGAACUACGUGUCCAGUGUAUGAUUUGGCAAGAAAUGUGGAAUUCACAGGCCACUUUCAGACUAUGACAACCAAAGCAGCAAUCACACUAGAGCAUAAUCAGACCCAGUUUUAUGUUGUACUGAUAGUCAAGUCAUCUGAUGAGGAAUGUGUCUCUGGAGAAAGGUUUGCUGAACCACGCACUGGAGAACCAGUGUCAAAAGAUCCUCAUUCUGCAGGUCCAUCGUCCCAAAGACAGAAGACUGUCACAAUAACCGUGGAGAGUACUUUGUCUGAAAAGGACUAUGUGAAGGCCAUAGUGGCUCCAGUAUUGUUCUUCGGGUCAUUCUAUAUCAUUGCCUUUUCUUUUCUUCUGUUUACCUGGUGUAGACAAAAGAGAGGAAGGAAGAGUUUCCGCUCCAUUUUGAUGCCAAAAGAGAGCAACAACAAAGAUGCUCCAAUAAGUGCACCACUAAGAACAUCCUCAUCAAGAAGAUCAAGAAGAUCAAGAGACCAUUAUGGAUCAACACCACAAGGCAUCUUUCCCAUCAAUGAACCGCUGGACACUGAUAGUCUGGAACACUCUGAAAAUGACCACUUAGUCACUGAUGGAGUGAUGGAUCCAUCAUCGAAGGAUUUUGAGAAACAUUAUGACAUGCUGCAUGACAUUGAAGUGGAGAAAGAUGUAUACCGGUUGAGGACAAGUCUUAUGCUCACUGACCUGGCUAAGAAAGAAAAGAAGUAUCUGAAGAAGAAAUACAGACACUAUCACUGGAAUCUGCUAUUGAUAGCUGUGUUUUAUGCUCUCCCUGUUGUGCAGCUUGUCAUAACAUAUCAGAAGGUUCUUAACUUUAGUGGAGAUGAAGACAUAUGCUACUACAACUUCUUUUGUGCUCAUCCCUUGGGGGUGUUGAGUGCGUUUAACAAUGUGUUCAGUAACAUUGGAUAUAUCAUGUUGGGUUUUCUCUUCCUUCUUCUUGUAUUGCGACGUGACAGGCAACACAAACUAGAUGUUGCAGAAAACAGCGAAUUGGAGAAGAAUUACGGCAUUCCUCAGCAUUACGCCAUAUUUUAUGCCAUGGGUCUUGCCUUGAUAAUGGAAGGAGUUUUAUCAGGCUGUUAUCAUGUGUGUCCUAACAAUUCUAAUUUCCAGUUUGACACGUCUUUUAUGUACAUCAUCACUUGUCUGGGUGUAGUAAAACUUUAUCAGACGCGUCAUCCAGACAUUGCCGCCAACGCGCACAUUGUUUACACAGGGUUUGCUGCUAUCAUCUUCAUCGCUAUGAUUGGAGUGGUUUAUAGUUCUUUUGCUUUCUGGACAACAUUCGCCAUUAUCCACAUCUUUGGAUGCCUGUAUCUCAGUUCACAAAUCUAUUACAUGGGAAGAGUCAAGUUUGAUGCUGGAAUGUUUGCAAGAGUGUUCGUGUUGCUGCGGUAUGAUUGCUGUUCGUGUCCGGUUUACAAGGAUCGCAUGCUUCUCUUGGUGAUUGCUAACGCAGUGAAUUGGGUCUUUGCCAUCUAUGGUGUUGUUGCUACACCUAAUGACUUUGCUACCUACCUGCUGGCUAUCUUGAUCGUCAAUGGACUUCUCUAUUUGGCAUUUUAUGUCAUAAUGAAGUUGAGAAACAAAGAAAGGCUUCUAUUGUUCCCUUCGGUUACGCUUUGUCUGACGCUUUUCUGUUGGAUAUUAGCGCUCGUUUUUUUCCUGAGUAAUCUCACGUCUUGGCAGAAAUCUCCAGCGCGGUCGAGGGAGGGUAACAAAGAGUGCGUCCUCCUGGGAUUUUACGAUGCUCAUGACGUGUGGCACUUCCUGUCCGCCUGCGCUUUAUUCCUUUCAUUUCUGGGUUUGUUGACGCUGGAUGAUGACUUGCUCGAAACGCCAAGACAUCGCAUCCCUGUAUUUUGACAAGCUAUCUGCAUCGCUGGAUGUGUUUUGGCAGUUUGAAGUUAGUUAACUGACAUAGUUAACCUAGGUAAACCCGUCAACUGAAGUUGUUAUAAAUGGGUGCCCUGGGCAACUAAAAAUUAGCAAUUAAGGAAAAAAUAACCAUAACAGAUGAACCAUCAGAAACAUGUGAAAACUCUUGAUGGAUAAAAACUAAGAAUUGUAAAUCAUUGUUUAUUAGCAGAAAGAUGACAAGGGAAUAGAAAAAUAUCAGCAGGGAGAUAUUUUAUGAUUUCAAAUCAAAUUCCCAGAGUUUAAAAUUACAUGAAGUGUUUGGUAGAUAGUAUAGAAAGAAGUAGUUGGACUCUCCUGCCGGUCGCCCAAACUCCCUUGAUUAGGAGCCUGGGAAGGAGGAAAUUACGGAGCACUUAGAGCUCUCGGGCCCAGGGCCCAGUUGUUCGAAGGCCGAUUAGCGCUAACCCAGGGUUAGAUUUUAGUCUGGGUUUCUUUAUUCCUUUACUCUAAAGCCUUUUUGGGAAAAUUUUCAAUGUCCUUUUUAAAGCAUCAAAUAGUCAUACUCUUGACAAAAAGAAUUCGACUGAAUUUUCUUUUAAAGCUUUUAGAUCUGAAAUCGGAUUUCACACUAACCCUGGGUUAUCUUAACCCAGCUUUGAACAACCCGGCCCUGAUGUCCUUUUUAGCUGCAACGCCCGCCGCUUAUGAACAUCGAGCACCGAAAAAAGAAAACUGCCAUCCACGCAAGACAAAGGAAAAGCUUUAGAUUAUAUCUUAAACAGAUUGAUUAGUAUAGUUAACCCUCGUGGCAGCAAAAAUGGCUGCGUCUGUCUGUACAACCCGAGUUUUGAACCUCCCUGGGAUAAAGCAAUUUCUUGGAAUUGUAGAUAGGUUGGGAAAAACAGGGAGAAGUUUCAGUGACUGAGUGGGAAGGGAAGCCAGUAUAAAUUUGUAUCAUCGGGAUAUUGUGACAUCGAGAGUUUGCGAAGAAAUAUUCAGUGCUCGAAAUCACACUUUUGUCGCACAUGAAGAAAUUAAAUGUGAAAUAUUUUACCUUGAGAACACAAUUGAAAAUCAGGAGGUACUAAUGAUAUUUUCAUAAAUUGAUAUUAGAUGAAAGAGGCACUGAGGCGUUUUGUGACACUUUCUUUUGAUAAAAGGAUUUCUGUAUAGAUGAAGUCUUGAAGUUUUCGUAAAGACAUUUAAGGGAUUCAUCUUUUAGAUAUUUAACAACCUAGAUUGCAACAUCUUUCACGUGAGGAGAAAGGUAAGAACCUUGAUAGACCUGAAGACUUUGAAAUAAACCCAUUUUAUUAAAAACGUAUUUCUAAUUAUUAUCAUGAAGUUGGUCAAAUUUCUCGCCAGUAGAGGUUUAUCUUAACUUCAGUUGUUCUGAAUAAAUUAUGUCGUGUAAA